GAGAUCCAAAGAGUGGAAUAAUGAUGAAUAGGGUCCCACAAAACUUUGCCACAAAAGUUUGGGAGUUCCAACUUGCUUGUAACAUUGGCAACGCAGAAGUUCCUCCCCAUCAAAGAAAGAAUGGCUUCAUGGAAUUCAGUUCCACUGGAAGUAACAUACCAAGUGUUUGGUUGGUUGACUUUCAUUUCAUGGGGCAUAUCUUGUUACCCACAAGUCAUCUUAAACUUCCGCAGAAAAAGUGUGGUGGGGUUGAACUUUGAUUACGAGAUUCUAAACACGAUAAAGCACUGGUCAUAUCUCAUAUACAACGCUUCCCUCUUCUUUAGUCCUGUUAUUCAGAAACAAUAUUUUGAUAAGUAUGGCUACCAACAGAUGAUCCCUGUAGCGGCUAAUGAUGUUGCUUUCUCAACUCACUCUGUUGUAAUGAAUUUAGUUGUAUUGUUCCAACUUGCAAUCUAUGAACGUGGAAAUCAGAAAUUCACCAAAUAUGCCAUUUCAAUAGUGGCUAUUGUGUGCAUCAUUUAUUCAAUUUGUUUUUUCAUUGCAUUACCUUCCCACUCAUGGCUUUGGCUAAUCUCCAUCUUCAACUCAAUUCAAGUAUGCAUGACAAUAAUCAAAUACUUUCCCCAGGCAUUCAUGAACUUCUUGAGAAAGAGCACAGAUGGAUUCAGCAUUGGUGGUGUUCUUCUUGAUUUUUCCGGAGGAGUCUUUAAUUAUUCACAAAUGGCUGUGCAGUCUAUAGAUCAAGGUUCAUGGGUGAACUUCUAUGGAAACAUGGGAAAAGUAUUGAUAUCCUUGGUGACUAUAGUUUACGAUUCAAUUCUAAUGCUUCAGCACUAUGUACUUUAUCCGGAGAAGAAAGGGGUUACUUGUUCCAAAAAUUACAAAGAAAUCAAGCAACCUCUAAUCUCUGAAAGUCCAAUUCCAAUAGAUCAACAAAUCAAAGAUUCUGUUCCUGCUCAAGAAGUAUAACUUGGACAAAAUGCAUUGUAUUUGUACCAUUCCAAUAUUUUAUAUUUCUAUUCAUUGAAUUUCGCAUUGUACGUAAAUUCUAUGAAACAAGUUUUUUACUUUGUAUAAUUAGUUAUUUCAUGCAAUAGAUAUGUCUUAAUUGCACCA